AAAUGACGUAACAGUAACGAGUUAUCGCGGAAGCAGGAGCUAAGGCGACUAUAUUUGAUCAUGUCUGCUAGAAAUCCGGGAAUGCACCUUGAUCUGGAAUGGGUGUCAAAAGUGAAAGUCAACACUCAGGCUGUUCUUAAAAGAGCCCAGCAGAUCCAGGGACACAAGGUGGCCAAAAAACAGUGGCAGGCUGCUUGGCUGCUGAAAGCGGUCACAUGCAUUGAUUUGACCACUCUUGCUGGUGAUGACACCCCCUCUAAUGUCCAUCGACUCUGCAUGAAGGCCACACAGCCGAUUCGUCAUGAUCUUCUGAAGAGUAUGGACAUGCAUGACAAGGGCAUCACAACUGCAGCUGUCUGUGUGUACCCAUCACGAGUGGCUGAUGCAGUGAAAUUUCUGAAGGCAGCCAAUUCUAGUCUUCCUGUUGCAUCUGUGGCCACUGGUUUCCCUGCUGGACAGACGCCAUUAAAGACCCGUCUCGAGGAAGUUCAUAUGGCUGUGGAGGACGGUGCUACGGAAAUCGAUAUCGUCAUAAACCGGACUUUGGCUCUUACUGGGCAAUGGGCAGCCCUCUAUGAUGAGAUUCGGCAGUUCAGAGAAGCUUGUGGAGAAGCUCAUAUGAAGACUAUCCUGGCAGUGGGAGAGCUGGGAACCUUCACAAAUGUCUAUAAGGCCAGUCUGGUGUCCAUGAUGGCAGGAUCUGACUUCAUCAAAACUUCAACUGGCAAGGAGUCUGUCAACGCCACAUAUCCUGUUGCCAUAGUAAUGGUUCGGGCCAUCCGUGACUUCUACCUAAGGACUGGCCACAAGGUGGGUUUCAAGCCCGCAGGGGGCAUCCGAACUGCACAGGAGUCAGUGGUGUGGCUGAGCCUGAUGAAGGAGGAGCUCGGGGAUGAGUGGCUGAAUCCCCACCUUUUCCGUCUGGGUGCGAGUAGCCUGCUCGCUGACAUCGAGCGGCAGAUUUAUCACUAUGUAACUGAACGCUAUCCAGCCUAUCAUGAACUUCCUCUGGCCUAAAGCUGUGAACCCCUGAAUCCUCGUGGCUAAUGAACUGUUAAAGGGAAUAGUUCAACCAAAAGUGAAAAUUAUUUUAUUUACACUCGUAUUGCUUCAGACCUGUAUUCUGUUAGUUAAAAAUUUGAAGGUUUACGUUUGCAUGCAGAAUUAAAAAAGGCACAUUGUGUUUGCUUACUAUGCACAUGAAAAGCAGUGCAAUUUUGAUGGCAGUUUCGUCUAUGAGCCAUUUUUUAAAUCUGAACAUGGAUGCAAGCUGUGGCGGAGGUAAAGAUAAUCAGUGAUUAAUUAAUUAAUUGUGGGCUAUUUUAAUGAUGCUUUUAUGUUGUUGUUUUUUUUGUGUGUGUUUGUUUUAUUUUAUUAUUAUUAUUUUAGCUUAAAGGAAUAUUUGGGAUCCAUUACAGAUUAAAAUUUUUUUAAAAGGAGGGGCUAGUCAAAAUUUGUGUGGUAAUCAGUAUUAUGCCACAAAUGCUCUCAAUUGAGCUUAACUUGUAUUGAACCCGGAAUAUUCCUUUAACAGGUGUGUUCAGUGAGCUUUUUUUGGGUUAUACUGAAAAUAAUAGCAUAUGGUUUUGGAGCAUAUGAGGAGUAGUAAAUAAUGACAUCAUUUUCAUUUUUGGAUGAGCUAUUUAAUUAAAAUCAACCUCAGACAAUGAAAAGAUGGAAUGCCUGUUUAGGAUAUUCAUUUUCAAGAAAUGAUAUAGUUAUAUAUUGAAAGGAAGGAAAUGACUCAAGUCAUCAUUUGUCCUAUUUUUGGUCACCUGAUUCCUUCCAAUAUGCACAUCACCAUAAACAAAGUAAAUAUACAGUAUUAUUACACUGUAAAAACAUGAGACUUGGAUUAUCUUAGAAUAAUGCAAAUACAAGAACAAAUACCUGAUUUCUGGAUGACAUGGCGCAGUCUGUUUAUUGAGCUAUCAGAAUAAAAGUGUUCACUUUACAU